UGUCCUUCAUUUUUAUUUUUGCCCUGGUCCCUAACGGUGCCCCCCCUCCACCGGUCAUCCCUCCUCACCACGGGGCUGUUCAAAACCCUCAUCCAGAGGCAUCCUCUCUCUGUCUCUCUCUCUCUCGCUCUCUCUCUCCAUCUCUUUCUCAGUCUCUCCACCCCUCUCUCGCUCCCUCUCUUUUUCCUCGUCCUCCGCCGCAGAACUCCGCCGUCCGACCAUCAGGUGACCGCGGGGAGCGGAGGAUUCAUCUGCACAGUUGUCGUUUUACAUCCCUUCAUUUUUUCGGACUCCCGGAGACCGGAGCUGCCGCAGCACCGCUCAUCCCCUCCUCCUCCUCCCCCCCACCCCUCCGCAUCCUCUCAUCCGGUCUGGGACGUUCACCGCUCCACACACGCGCAAGAUUAGCGGGGAUUCUGCCUCCCCGCCCGCGCGCGCCGAUGGUGAUGUCCUUGAGCUCGGCCUGCACGGUUCUGAUAGUGAAGCAGUAGCUACCUCUAAACUGGAUCCACUUCCUGUCUCUGGCUCAUCAGCCGUGUCUGCCUAGCCCGCUCUGCUUUCCAUCCAUUUGUCAUCUCUUCUUUCCCGCCUGUGAAUCCAUUGGCCCGUCCACUUGUCCGUCCAUGGACUGGCCGUGACCCUGGAGGGAACAAGGAAAGAGUGGAGUUGCAGGGGGUACGACGGAGGAGAAAGCUGGAUUCGUUCAGACUUCAAGCUUCUGAAGUGCUCCUGCUCACUAUCCUUCAUCUCCCUCGUCAUCCUUCACCAACACGUCCCUCUGUUAUGGAGAUUUGAAGGAGCUGUGGGUGGGAGAACAUGAAACCUGCCCUUUUGUGAAGUGAAAAAAGGGGUUUGGGCAUAUAAAUUUAUUCAUAUAUUGUUGAUUAAAAUUUAGAGCACAUGAUCACACCCUCAGCAACCAAACGAAGGAGGACCUGACCAGAUAACAGAAAAUAGACGAAGUGACAUGUCAACAACAGCCACCAUGGGGGAAAUGGCAAACAGCGCUGUGGAGUUUUAUCCCAAAGGGUCUCGAGGCAGUACUGCAGGAGGGAGAAGGGCAGAUGGCAGCCUUGCAGGGGGAGACUUUGGGGUCACGGUGAAGGAGCUUAGGGAGCUGAUGGAACUCAGAAGCACCGAUGCUCUACAGAAGAUCCAGGAAAGCUACGGUGACACAAAGGGCCUGUGUCAGAGACUACAGUCCAACGUCACUGAUGGUCUCAGUGGGGAUCCCGCAGACCUGGAGCGUCGAGGCCAAAUUUAUGGUCAAAACUUUAUCCCCCCGAAGAAACCCAAAACGUUUCUUGAGCUGGUGUGGGAAGCCCUGCAGGACGUCACGCUCAUCAUCUUGGAGGCUGCCGCCAUCAUUUCGCUUGGCCUGUCUUUCUACCAGCCUCCCAAUCAGGAAAGCGCAAUAUGCGGGGAAAGUACCGGUGGGGCUGAGGACGAAGGAGAGGCUGAUGCUGGCUGGAUUGAGGGUGCUGCCAUCUUGCUAUCUGUGGUGUGUGUAGUCUUUGUGACGGCGUUUAACGACUGGUCCAAAGAAAAGCAGUUCCGGGGUUUGCAAAGUCGCAUCGAGCAGGAGCAGAAGUUCACUGUGGUGCGGAAAGGAAAUGUCAUCCAGAUCCCCGUGGCUGACAUGGUGGUGGGUGACAUAGCUCAGGUCAAAUACGGGGACCUUCUACCUGCUGAUGGUAUCUUGAUCCAAGGCAACGACUUGAAAAUAGAUGAAAGCUCCCUGACAGGAGAAUCUGACCACGUACGCAAAUCAGUGGAUAAGGACCCCAUGCUGCUCUCAGGUACUCAUGUGAUGGAGGGCUCGGGCAGGAUGCUGGUCACAGCUGUAGGCGUCAACUCGCAGACGGGCAUCAUCUUCACCCUGCUGGGUGCUGGAGAGAUUGAAGAAGAUGUUAAAGAAAAGAAAGAUGACAGUACUCAGUUGCUCAUCUCCACUGAUGCCAGUAACAGCACAGUCACCAAUGGAAAACAGCCCGAUGGAACUGUGGAGAACAAUCAGAACAAAGCUAAGAAACAGGAUGGGGGUGUUGCCAUGGAGAUGCAACCCCUGAAGAGCGCAGAGGGAGGAGAGGUGGAAGACAGAGAGAAAAAGAAAACCAACGUUCCAAAGAAAGAGAAGAGUGUGCUGCAGGGCAAGCUCACCAAACUGGCCGUUCAAAUUGGCAAAGCAGGUUUGGUAAUGUCCGCCAUCACCGUCAUCAUCCUCAUGUUGUUUUUUGUCAUCAACACGUUUGUCGUCAAAGAGCGCUCAUGGUUGGCAGAGUGCACCCCAAUAUACAUCCAAUAUUUUGUCAAGUUUUUCAUCAUUGGAGUCACUGUGCUGGUGGUGGCUGUCCCAGAGGGCUUACCUCUCGCUGUCACCAUCUCUUUGGCUUACUCAGUCAAGAAAAUGAUGAAAGACAACAACCUUGUGCGGCAUCUGGAUGCAUGUGAGACAAUGGGCAAUGCCACGGCCAUCUGCUCUGACAAGACCGGAACCCUCACCACCAACCGGAUGACUGUGGUCCAGGCUUUCAUAGGCGACGUCCACCACCGCGUGGUUCCAGAUCCUGGACUGAUCAGCCCUCGAACGCUGGACGUGUUGGUGCAUGCAAUCGCCAUCAACAGCGCCUACACCUCCAAGAUCUUACCACCUGAUGUGGAGGGGGGUCUGCCUAAGCAGGUGGGCAACAAAACAGAGUGUGGCCUGCUGGGAUUUAUAUUAGACCUUCAGCAGGAUUACGUCCCUGUCAGAGAGCAGAUUCCUGAGGAGAAGCUGUACAAGGUUUAUACUUUCAACUCUGCGCGUAAAUCCAUGACUACGGUGAUCAAACUGCCUGAUGGUACAUUCCGGCUCUACAGCAAAGGAGCUUCUGAGAUUAUGCUGAAAAAGUGUUCCUACAUCCUUGACGCCAAUGGAGAGCCGCGCAUUUUCCGUCCCCGUGACAGAGAUGAGAUGGUCAAACAGGUCAUUGAGCCAAUGGCAUGCGAGGGGCUGAGGACCAUCUGCAUUGCAUAUCGUGAUCUGUCACCUAACCCGGAGCCAGAUUGGGAAAACGAGGCAGAAAUAGUGACGGAGUUGACAUGCAUCAGUCUGGUUGGGAUAGAGGACCCUGUGCGACCUGAGGUACCUGAUGCCAUCCGCAAGUGUCAACGCGCCGGCAUCACGGUCCGGAUGGUGACUGGGGACAACAUCAAUACAGCCAGGGCUAUUGCUGCCAAGUGUGGCAUUAUACAUCCUGGAGAUGACUUUAUCUGUCUGGAGGGGAAAGAAUUUAACAGACGAAUCAGAAAUGAGAAAGGGGAGAUCGAACAGGAACGCAUCGAUAGAAUCUGGCCCAAGCUCCGAGUUCUGGCUCGAUCCUCGCCGACUGACAAGCACACGCUGGUUAAAGGGAUCAUCGAUAGCACCGUUUUGGAGCAGAGGCAGGUUGUCGCAGUUACAGGGGAUGGCACUAAUGACGGGCCAGCUUUGAAGAAAGCUGAUGUGGGCUUUGCCAUGGGCAUCGCAGGGACAGACGUGGCCAAAGAGGCGUCCGACAUUAUUCUGACUGACGACAACUUCAGCAGCAUUGUCAAAGCGGUAAUGUGGGGACGAAAUGUGUAUGACAGCAUAUCCAAGUUCUUGCAAUUCCAGCUCACGGUCAACGUCGUGGCUGUCAUCGUGGCCUUCACCGGGGCCUGCAUCACCCAGGACUCCCCAUUGAAGGCUGUCCAAAUGCUUUGGGUGAACCUCAUUAUGGACACAUUUGCCUCUUUGGCACUGGCCACCGAACCCCCCACCGAAGCCCUCCUGCUCCGCAAACCAUACGGUCGCAACAACCCACUCAUCUCACUGACCAUGAUGAAGAACAUCCUAGGCCAUGGAGUCUACCAGCUGGUUAUCAUUUUCACCCUCCUGUUUAUAGGCGAGCGCAUUUUCAACAUUGACAGCGGCCGCCAUGCUCCACUCCACUCACCCCCCUCGGAACAUUACACUAUAAUAUUCAACACCUUUGUCCUCAUGCAACUUUUCAACGAGAUUAAUGCCCGCAAGAUUCACGGAGAGAGAAACGUCUUUGAUGGCAUAUUUGCUAAUCCCAUCUUCUGCUCCAUCGUCCUGGGAACCUUCGCCGUGCAGAUUGUGAUCGUUCAGUGGGGAGGAAAGCCCUUCAGCUGUGCUCCUCUCAACAUGGAGCAGUGGCUCUGGUGUCUGUUUGUGGGAGUUGGAGAGCUCCUCUGGGGGCAGGUGAUUUCUGCUGUGCCAACGGAGCGGCUGCCAUGUCUGAAGGAAGCGGGGCUUGGCCUGGAGCCUGGGGAGGAAGAAGGAGAGGAGCUGGCAGAGGAUGAGGAGGAGAUCGACUGUGCUGAAAGGGAGCUGCGUCGCGGACAGAUCCUGUGGUUCAGAGGCCUGAAUAGAAUCCAGACCCAGAUGCGAGUGGUGAAAGCGUUCCGUAGUAACCUGUACGAAGGCCGGGAAAAGCCGGAAUCCCGCAACUCCAUCCACAACUUCAUGGCCCACCCGGAGUUCCUUAUCAACGACCUCAUCCACAACAUCCCGCUGAUCGACGACACCGACGUGGACGACGAAUCAGAGCUCAGCAGAUACCAGCACCUGCACCCCGCCCUGCGUAAGCCCCCACCUCCACCGACCCAGCCCCCCGCCCGCACCCGACCUAUGCGCCCCUACCGCCAGUACAGCCUCCCAGUGACCCCGUGCAACCGGAACAACAACAACAACAGCAGCAGCAGUGACUCGGUGACCCCCCUCAGCAGCCAGAGCCCCCGCCACAAACACCACCGCACCCGUCACGGUAGAGACAGGCCAGCAAACCUCCCCCCCACCCCCAACCUGUUCCAUCUCUACUGCGUGGAGACCUCCUUAUAACUGACCUGAGCUGGGGAGGGAGGUCCCAAACAGACUGUUUCAUUCCGUCUACCGCGGGGGGGGGGGGGGGGGGGGGGGGCUCACGAGGGAGCGGACAUCAACCGGACAUGGACCUGUGUCGACUCCCCCACCAACUUUUUGUCCCCUCCCUUGGUCUACCUUCAGCCCCUCUUUACUCCCCCACCCACCCCAAAAGGCACACUUCACUCUUUCUUCAUCCACCUACAAUGCUGGGCCCACGCUUUUAACCCCCCCCCCCCCCCCCCCCCCCCCGUCUGUCACUUCCUCCAUCCUUCAUUCUUUUGUGAAAACUGAGUGGGGGGGGGGGGGGGCACAUCCACAGAAUGUUACAGAAUUUGUUGCACGAAAGUCUUCAAUUCAGAGUGCAGCACCAGGUCACAUGACCCCCCCCCCCCCCCCCCACACACACACACACCUUCAUCUGUGUUGUUGGUCCUUGUCUUCCCCUUCAUGACGGUUUGAACGCCAGACGACUCUUUCAUUUAAAGCCGAGCAUUAACCCUUUAAAUGCCAUCACAAGUGGCGGUGAUGGCCCUUUAAGAGACUCACGUGCGCUCACCUCACUCCUGCUCACGUGCCGUUGGCUCGUCUCUGCCGCUCCGAGUCUAUCUUCAUCCCCCCACCCCCCACACCUCUUACUCACCUGAACCUGCUUUUUGGAAGCUCCCUUCUGCUGAGUUGGAUGAGAUCAAAACUCCAUAAUUGAGGCCGCUAAAGUCUUCUUAACAUCUUUUCCCAUUUGGGAUGUUGUUGGUCAUAGAUCAGGUUUCAAGUUACGUUCCAUGUGAUAGGCGUGUUUCAGCACCAACAGCACACGUAAGUGACGCCAUUCUUUUUUUUAAAUAUAUUUUUAGGUGUGUAAAGGUUCAGUUACAAAAAUUAAUGAAAAAACAAACAAACAUGAAUUAUGACAGCAUGCGCACUCGAAUACACAUUCUGUCCCAGUGCAGCUGUAUGUGAGACGUUCUUCUUUAGUCCUCCUCAUCAGGAAGAAGUUGAAAGAUCUCCACAAAUGUCUUCUUCUGAUUUGGCCCCCUGUCCUCAUUCAGCUUUCCAGAAGGAAGCAAAUCAUUUCCCCGUAUUCCGUUUAUCCUGCAACGGAUAAUCAUUACUUCUGUGGUUCCCAGCAUUCCAUCAACAUCUCACUCUGGGCCGGCUGUGACCCAUGUCUCCCAUGAUGCACCAGGUGUGAGCAAUGCAACCUCAUUCCCUUCUCCAACCUCACCUCAAACUGAACCGGACUGCUCCCUCCCUCCGCCUGAGGAAGGGCAGACGGUAUGCAACAGACUGCCGGGGUGGCGCCUGCAGUACGCCGGGGGGGUGUGGGGAUAAAUGGACAGCGUCAGGUCCCUCCCGCUUGCCGGGACGGAGGACAUGUGUGCACAGGGCUCUCUGGGAACACCUUUACCUGUACAGAACUCUUCUUGAAUGCUCAUCUCCAUCGCCGCUGCCGUGAGCAGCGACUCUGUAUUGGUCUGUCUGUUUUGAAGCAUGCAUUUGGUAUCAUUAAUAUCACUCUUUAUGUGUUGGUAAUCAUUUAGGCAACUGUCACUUCUGUGUGCUACUAUCUUCCUCUCUCUUCUCACACACGCGUGCAUCCCAUUCGAGUUGUUCUUUCUUCACUCUUGAGCACAGCUCCAUCAGUGCUUCCUGUCAGAAACGUGCACACACCGCCGGAGGGGAGGCGUUUGCAGUGGUGUAAAAACUUUUUUCGAGUGUCUAGUGGCAGCCAUCUCUGUCCGUCCACCUUCAUGUUGUGAGACAGCGUCACGGAAGGAAAAAUACCAUGUGAAAAAGAUGUUUAUGGUAACUAUAAAAUUUUACAACUGCACCGCAACUGUACAGAUGCCCAAAUGUGCACAUGUUGCAUCUUUGAUUUACAGGUACUAUGUUCCUGUUACACUUUUUUUAUGUUAAUUUUAUUCCUAUUGCUUUUUGUAAAGAGAGGAACAACAAAAACAGAAGCGCUUGUAUAUUAUUAUUAUUAUUGUUAUUUAUUUUCUCCACCGGUGCUCCUACUGAUGGACAAAAAAAAUAGAGUUGCACAUCCUCCUGAGCAUAUUCUGAGGGCUGCCUUUUCUGUCUGGAACGGUCUGUGGUGGGGGGGGUGCAGAAGUGAGGAGAACUUGGAAGGACCGCAGAUUCCCCCCCCCCCCCCCCCCCCCCUGUAAAUAAGUCAAGUAGCCAGGUGGAAGACGGGGAGACAGCUUGACAGUGACGCAGAGCUGAAGCCGCAGAAGUGCGGCCGCGUGCCGUUUAGGCUGCUCUUUGAGAUCUGCCGCCGGAAGUGACUGCCAUGUUUGGCGAGCGAUUGAUCAAACCGAACUAUUGUAAAUAUGGUGGGCGUGGAACGGCCCCCUCCCCUUACUUGGGUUUCUGUUCGUCCGACAGAAAACGCAGCCUUAUUUGUGCUGAAAAGAAAGACAAAAAAAAAAACUAAACAAAAAAGUAAAAUAUAAAGACUAUUGAAUAUAUUAAAGAGUUACCUGCCUGUUAUUUAAGCGAUAAAUAUCUAUAUAUAAGAAAGAACACACCUGUAUACUGUAGACUUAAUCUGUAUGAAAAUCUAAGAGAAUUUAAUGGAAACUAAAAUCCAACACCUUUUGUCUGUAUGAAAGAAAAAAUACAUCAAAGUAUUCUACAAUAAUAACUUUGACAAAGUC